UAAGGAGAAGAGGAGAGAGAGAGAGAGAGAGAGAGACCGUGUGUGUGUGUGUGUGCAGGAGUGUUAGGGAGGUGUGUCUUACGCACUUGGCUCCCAGGGUCGGUGAGCACCAGCCCAGCGCACACAGACCCCCACAGAACUGCUCCACUGCUGCACGCAGCAGGGCUUUAUUGGAGCUUGUUAAAGUGGACUAAAUAAUCAGGUCCGUUGCUGUUAUCUCUCCAUUCUCCUGAUCUGCCAGUUGAUCUUUUCUUCUCCGUCUUCUGAGUCCCCUCAUGGGAGCCAUAUUAGCCAGUGCUAGAAAACUUUCAGCAGAGGCACUCACAGCAUCUCACCCUUGACCAUGGAGAUGAAACAGACAAUGAUGAUGAACCGAGAGGAUCAAGACGAGAAGGACAAAUCUGAAGAGAAUGGCAGGCUGGUGGAUGGUGGCAUUGCUGAGAAAGAGCAGAAACCAGUCUCGGGGCCCACACAGGUGUCAAACGGGUACCCCAGCACAUCGGCUCAGAGCCCGAGGGAAGGCACCGGGGCUGUAGGGGACUGGACAAAUGCUCCUGGGGGAUUCAGGACGCUUGUGGUCCAGCAGACCAGUCUGGAUCCACCCAGGGAGACAUGGAGCAAGAAGGUGGAUUUCCUCCUGUCGGUCAUCGGCUACGCAGUGGACCUGGGCAACGUGUGGCGCUUCCCAUACAUCUGCUACCAGAACGGAGGGGGUGCGUUCCUGUUGCCCUACCUGCUGAUGGCGGUAUUUGGCGGGGUUCCCCUGUUCUACAUGGAGCUGGCACUCGGGCAGUUCCACCGCAGUGGCUGCAUAUCCAUCUGGAAAUAUAUCUGCCCCAUCUUCAAGGGUAUUGGCUUUGCCAUCUGCAUUAUUGCCCUCUACAUUGCCUUCUACUACAACACCAUCAUGGCUUGGGCUCUGUAUUACCUGUUGUCCUCCUUCAACACUACACUACCGUGGACGACGUGCAAAAACUCCUGGAACACGGCCAACUGCAAGCAGUAUAUGUCUACCGACAGCAACGUCUCCUGGACCAAUGAAUCUACCUCACCUGCCGAGGAGUUCUAUACACGGAAGGUGCUGCAGGUGCAUCUGUCCCCAGGUCUGCAUCAGCUGGGUGCGGUUAGUUGGCAGCUGGCCCUCUGUCUGCUCUUCAUCUUCGCCAUCGUCUACUUCAGCAUCUGGAAGGGGGUUAAGACCUCUGGCAAGGUAGUAUGGGUGACAGCAACUCUUCCAUAUGUCGUGCUGUUGAUCCUUCUGGUGCGAGGCGCCACUCUGCCCGGAGCAUGGAGAGGCGUUGUCUUCUACCUGAAGCCUAACUGGGAGAAGCUCCUGAGCACUACGGUUUGGAUUGAUGCAGCAGCCCAAAUUUUCUUCUCUCUGGGUCCAGGCUUUGGUGUGCUCCUUGCAUUUGCCAGCUACAAUCCCUUUCACAACAACUGUUACAAAGAUGCGUUGGUGACGAGCACAGUGAACUGUAUGACCAGCUUCUUGUCAGGCUUUGUGAUCUUCACCGUACUGGGCUACAUGGCCGAGAUGCGGAAGGAGGGGGUGGAGACCGUAGCAAAGGAUGCUGGUCCCAGUCUACUGUUCAUCGUCUAUGCCGAGGCCAUCGCCAACAUGCCCGCGAGCACUUUCCUUGCCAUUAUCUUCUUCCUCAUGAUCAUCAUGCUGGGAUUAGAUAGCACGUUUGCUGGGCUGGAAGGAGUGAUCACUGCCAUGUUGGAUGAGUUUCCCCACCUGCUGGCCCGCAGGAGAGAGUGGUUUGUGCUAGGUCUGGUGUGUGUCUGCUACCUGGGAGCGCUGUCCACACUUACCUAUGGAGGGGCGUUUGUGGUGAAACUCUUCGAAGAGUAUGCAACAGGCCCUGCGGUCAUCACUGUAGUCUUCCUUGAAGUUAUUGCUGUUUCCUGGUUUUAUGGGACAACACGUUUCUGCAAUGAUGUGCAGUUGAUGCUUGGCUUCACACCUGGUCUGUUCUGGAGGGUGUGUUGGGUAGCCAUCUGCCCCUGCUUCCUACUGUUCAUCAUUGGAAGUUUCCUAGCCUUCCCUCCUGUGGUGAAGCUGUUUGACUACCUGUACCCAUUCUGGACCACUGUACUGGGCUACUGCAUUGGUGUCUCGUCUUUCAUUUGCGUGCCUUCCUACAUGGUCUACCACCUGCUCACCACCAAAGGGACCUUCAAACAGCGUCUGAUGAAGAGCAUCACCCCUGAGCCUGCAAACAUUGAAGGCCUGAGCAGAGAUAUCAUCAUCACCAACGCUGUGUGAGUGGGGACCCUUCGCCCUCUGCUGGACAUGUAGCACAAGCGGGGAUUCCACCCCUCCUUCAUAUCCCAGAUCUGCCAAAGGUGUCUCCAUCCAGAACAUGUGAUAGCUGGACUCUUGCAUCCAGCAAUCCAGCUGCUCUAUUUCCCACCAUUCCUAAAUGUGGCAGCGUUCAAUGUACGUGUGAGAUAGCACCUGCCAUAAAGAUAUAUCUAUUGGGUAUUCGAGUCAGGAGUCUGGUAGCACAAAUGUCUUUUUGGUUUUUGUCACCAUUUUGUGAUUUUUUUUAUUUGUUACAUUCAAACAAAUGUACUAGAAGUACUAAAGAAAUCACUAAUGGGCAGUAUACAUAGUAUACGCAUGUCUUACUCUAUUUAGCACUUUCAGAUCAAAUAUUACAUCUAAAUGCAUCGGCCUGCCCCCAACUAACUGUUUUAUUUUGUAUGCAUUUGACAUUUCAGGUAACUUUUACAUUUACGUGUAUUUAUGAAGCCAAAUAUAAUUAGAUAUGACUUUUAUUACUGGUAAAAUUUACUUCACAGCUCCUUAUGCUUUGUGUUUUGAACUCCUCACAAACAAGCUUUGUUUGCUUGCACAGGUGUGUGUGUGUGUGUGUGUGUAUGAAAAAGUAUGUAAAAUGUUUGGGUGUAGGUGCACAAAUAAUUAUUCAACACACCUCUUUGGAAUUAAGAACGUGGAGUGUCACCACUCGCAAUUGUCAGGUUUAUCGAAACCACAAAAAUACACAUAAUGUGACUACAUGUAACAAACAUUUAUUUGGGACUUUUUGUGGAAUUGCGUUAAUGUAUUGUGUCUCACUGAAUCGCUCAUAACACUGCACACCAACAGCCAACACAGUGACUCUUUAUUUUCCAUGUUAUAUGUGAAUAACAAGGUAGCAGAAACCAAAUACCAGUGUGCUUGUUACAAAUGGUUCAGCUAUAACCCUAAAGACAUGUUUUUUUGGGGGGAAAAAAACUAGCAAUGUAUGAAAGUUCAAGUAUGUACCUGUCUGUUUUGUGAGUGUUGCUGUCUGUGUUCCAGUCAUGUGACAACCUGUCAACCUCUUUGAGAGGACAUAUACGGGUGUGUGAUGUUUGUUCGUUUUCAAAGUGUGUGUGUGAGCUUUACGUAAAUGUAGAAAAGCCAUAAGCCAUGGUUCGGUCUGUUAGUGUGUGUGCGCAUGCAUGCAGACAUGAAUGUAUACUAUGUAUUUAGUGUGUGCCUCAAAAUAGUGAUGCCUCUUCCUCUUUCCUAUCUUGUUCUUGUCUUUACAAUUUACUCUCUAUCAAAGUAAAUCUCCUGUACUUUAUCAGUGUAUGUCUACAUGACUGUUAUAUGAAUACAUAUAGACUAAAGAUAUAUAUAUAUGAAUUAUAUAUGAAUUAUUAGAGAAAUAAAAGUAUAUGUAUUAAUAA